AUGGCAAGUCAAGUGGUUCAACCUAAGAAUUAUGUGGGGUUUGAUACUAUCACUACCCAAAUUGAAAACAGACUCCUUAAACGUGGAUUUGAGCUCAAUGUUAUGCUUGUUGGUCAAUCUGGGCUUGGGAAGUCAACUCUAGUCAAUACUCUUUUUGCCACACAUCUUGUGGACUCUAACGGAAGAAAAAGUACUUUUGAGCCUGUGGAAAGAACUGUAGAGAUUAAAAGCACCUCCCAAAUUCUCAAUGAAAACAACGUUAAUCUGAAACUCAACGUGAUUGACACACCUGGUUUUGGAGAUCAGAUCAACAAUGACAAAUGUUGGGAACCAAUAUUGCAGUAUAUCAAAGAGCAAAACUCUACCUACUUGCGAAAAGAGUUGACAGCACAGAGAGAAAGGUAUAUACCUGACACAAGGGUUCAUUGUGUGCUUUACUUCAUUCAACCUAACGGUAAGGGACUGAGAAACCUUGACAUACAAGUUCUUUCCAAACUCACUACUGUUGUGAACGUUAUUCCUGUUAUUGCUAAGGCUGACACCUUGACUACCGAAGAGCGUACCAAGUUUAAAAGUAUUUUGCACACUCAAUUUGAGAAACACGACCUAAACUUUUUUCCGUACGACAAUGAAGAUUUGAGUGAAGAAGAACUGACUUUGAAUCAAGAUAUCCGAAGUCUUUUACCGUUUGCAGUAAUUGGCUCUGAAAAUGAGAUCUCCACAAUUGAUGGACAGGUCAUCAGAGGUCGUAGAACCCGAUGGGGUCUAAUCAACGUGGAAGAUGUAACGCAGUGCGAAUUUGUGUACCUGCGGGACUUUCUAACACGUACCCACCUCCAUGAUUUAAUAGAGACUACUUCGGUCGUUCAUUACGAGACUUACCGGUCCAAGCAGUUAAUCGCACUUAAAGAGAAGAAUGGGCAACGUGUAUCAAACGCUACCAUGCAGUAG